GGUUCGGCUCUGGCCCCGAGCUGCCCUCACGGGGUCCGGCUGCGGGUCCGCCCGCCUCGGUCCCCGGCGUCACCCCUGGCACACGGCCCCGGACGCCCAGCCCGGCCAGCGGCCAUGGGGAGGCGGCAGGGCAGUGCCGGUGCCUCCGCGAGCAUCUGGAAGGUUCCGGCUCGCCCGCCCCCCGCUGCCCCGACCCUYUUCCCCUAUAAAUGCGGGCGCCGGUGCCCGGCGCACCGAGAGUGGCGGCGCCGGGGCCAUGCUGGGGGUCUGGCUGCUGCUCUGGGGGUCCGUGGCCCUGGGCGGCCGRGCGGACACCGCCUUCCUCCGCCGCGCCCAUGACAGCUCCGGGCACUGCACCUACUCCUUCACGGUCGCCAGCCCCGUGGAGUCCGCCUGCCCCGAGGCUGCCGGCGGCGUGCCCGAGCUGCGCGCCGAGCUGGCCGCCCUCGCCGCCCGCCUGAGUCGGCUGGAGAGCCGGGAGCGAGGGGCGGGGGGCUCGGCACCGGGGGGAGCACGGGACCCCCAGCAAGUGGCUUCGGCCGCCCGCCUGGAAGCCGCGUACGGGGAGCUGCUGCGGGCCAAGUCCCGGCUGGAGGAGGAGAAGGGGCGGCUGGAGCGGGAGAAAGAGGAGCUGGGCAGGCGGCUGGAGAGCAGCGCUCAGGAGAUCACCCGGCUGCGGGCCGCCCGCUGCCCACCCGGCAGAGAGGGGCCCGGCCGGGACACGCUGCGUGCCCCCGCCAAGGCGCCGCGCUGGGAGCCGCAGCCCCUCACCUACCAGGAGCUGCAGUCGGAGAGGACGGAGGUUCCCGUGUCCCGCCUGCUGGAGGAGACGGCGCUCGGCCGCCCGGGGAAGGAGGACUCAGGCUGCGGCCAGCUGGUGUGGGUGGGAGAGCCCRUGGUGUUCGGCCGGGCAGACUCCAUCGCGGGCAAGUACGGCGUGUGGAUGAAGGACCCYGAGCCCGUGCCCCCCUUCACGCGGGACAACACCUGGCGUGUGGACACCGUGGGCACCGAGGUGCGCCAGCUCUUCCAGUACGAGGAGGCCGAGCAGCUGGCCCGGGGCUACCCCGCCAAGGUGCACAUCCUGCCGCGGCCCCUGGAGAGCACGGGGGCCGUCAUCUACCGCGGCGGGCUCUUCUUCCAGCCCCGCCAUUCCCGCUCCGUGGCCCGCUACGACCUGCGGGGAGAGAGCAUCACGGCCGAGCGGGAGAUCCCCGGCGCCGGCUACCACGGGCAGUACCCCUACUCCUGGGGGGGCUACACCGACAUCGACCUGGCGGUGGAUGAGACGGGGCUCUGGGUCAUCUACAGCACCGACAAGGCCCGGGGGGCCAUCGUCCUCUCCAAGCUGGACCCCGACACGCUGGAGAUCCGUCGGACCUGGGAAACCAACAUCCGCAAGCGGGGGGUGGCCAACUCCUUCCUCAUCUGCGGCACCCUGUACACCGUCAGCAGCUACUCGGCGCCCAACGCCACCAUCAACUUUGCCUACGACACUGCCACCGGCACCAGCCGGGCCCUCAGCAUCCCCUUCGAGAACCGCUUCCGCUACCUCAGCAUGCUGGACUACAACCCUUCCGAGCGGCAGCUCUUCGCCUGGGACAGCUUCAACAUGGUCACCUACCCUGUCCGCCUCUCCCGGGCGUGAGCCGCGGCUGGGAAUGCGCCGGCUCAGCCCCCGGGCCCCUUGUGCGUGCCUUGGCCCUCUGCUCCCCUCCCCAUUUCCCCCGGCACGGCCAGGCAGCCUGGGGUGAUGGUGGGGGCCACACGCUGUCCAGCCACACCCGAUUGUACUCRAGUGCCGCAGAGAGAAAUGAAGCGCUGCUCCAGAGCCUGGCAGAGCCAGGGAAAUGAGUCUCCACAACCUCGGUGGGUUUUAGGUGUGUCACAUAGUGCACAGCCUUGAGCUGCUCAUCCAACCUGGCCACCGCAAAUUUGGAGCAGGGAGGGCUGGGGCAUGGUGAGGGUUGGGCAAGGCAGGUGGUAGAAGGGCUGUCCAGGAGGUUCUGCCUAAAAAGAAAUGUUUUCCCGGCUGUGAGCAGCGAUUCUCUCUGUGGGUCGGGGUUUGUCGUUUCCAGGCUCCAGCCCUGCAGAGCUCCCGUGCAGAGAAUCCACAAGCUCCACACUGCCAGUGCCCAGGGGCAUCCUGGAGUUCAGCCACCACCAAAAAUCAUCGAGUAGGCUCAAAAGCAGCAGGGAAUACAGACACWCAUUGCACAAGCCUUGUUUUAUUGGGGGGAAAAAUGCAGCCAAGAGAGCAGGGGUGAGGAGUGUUGGCAGAGCAUCCUGCAGCCGGGUGGCCUCUGGGUACCCAGCCCUUCCCAGCCAUGUGCUUCAGCUUUACAGGCUGUUCCAGGCCAGCAGCUCUCCCUCCACCAGUCCAAAACGCUGUUUCAUCUAUUUAUUAUAGAAAGUUUGUAGGAGGAAGCUUCUUUCUCCCUCUCUGGCAUUUGGGGCAGCAGCAACCCUAUUCCCCAGGGGCUGUGUAGGAUCCUGGCCCAUUAAACAUCGCCCAGCACCACUGCUGCCUUGCAGCUCAUCUUUCCAAGCUUGUUUUCCAAGGAAUGUGGUGGGUUGGUGCCCCUCUUGAUGCACCUACAACCUGAAGGUGCUGGUGGGAGCAGCUGUAAAGCCUUGGGCAGGAAAAUGCCACAUUUGGAAGGCAGCUUCUGACAGCAAUACACCACGUAUUGGAGCAGUGAAAAAGGACAGAGAACACAGUGGGACACUUGCGAUGAUCACCUACAGCUACAGGGAUUUUCAGUAACAUGCUUCACCCCAUUGCUGUCCUCCUGACACUAACACUGUUGUCUUGUGUGGUACUGUAUAUUCGCAUAUAGAACAUAAUGAAGCAUUUGGCUUAUCCAUCAUCCCCACACUUUAUUUUGGAAAAAUAUGUGAGGGUUGCAGAAAGUGAGACUUAAGGUAUGUGUAAGAUUUGUUUGUGAGGGUGGGCAGCAAGUGGGACCCCAGCAGGUGGAGGGAGGAGGCUGAAAGACCCAUUCCUGCUCCUGGGCAGGCCUGGAUUCUCACCUGAGCCACUGAAGGCAUUUCCCUGACUGGUGAUCAGGGAAAUGCCCCAGCCCAGGUGGAUCAGGAACACGACCCCCAUCACUGUCACAGAGCUGGGACACCAGGGGCCCGGGCACAAUGUGGGUGAGGGAAGCAGUGGGGGUCACCCAGGAGCAGGAGGRGCUGUCAGGUGCCCACCAGGGCCASGGAGRGCAAAGAGGGCAGCAACAAGAGCCAGCAAUGCACAGCAAACCUGCCCCCAAGGAUGGGAGAAAGGCGUUUCUGUCCCAAAACAGGAUGGGAGGUGAGGUAGGAGCCCCCCUUCACCCCACAGCUCCCUGGAGGUGUGAGCCAAGCCCCAGGAUGAAAGGCAGGGUUUGUGCAGAGCCCCAGGGAGCAGCAGCACCUCGGUGAGCCCAGACACYGAGGGCAGACCGCUCCCACCCUCCCCACGCUGGGGCCUUUUCAGGCUGGGAAGUCCAUCUCUUAAUUGACUGGGAAAAUAAAGGAAGACAAGCCAAUGUACACAGGAUUUCCAGAAAGCUGGGCUGGAGCUGAACAGUGCUGAAUACACAGCUUUACUUAACAGGCUUUGGGAAAACAAGCCCUCCCUGCCCACAUCCCAGCAAGAAGCCAGCCUGAGCCCAGGGGGAUUGCUGGAUCUGGCCCCAGUCACAGUUAACCCCCUUCUGGCUCCUGCCCUCRAGAAAAGUCACAGCCUUUUCACAGCCUCAACAUUAUUAAGGAAAAAGAAAUCGAAUUCCCACAACAAAAUAGUUCUCUAAUUUCUGGGAGGUUCAGCACAAUUAUUUCUGAUGACCAGAGUCUUAGAAAAGAGAUUAAGCACCAAAUCCCACUCAWAUUAAAAAAGCAAGAGCUACUCUAGCGUAAAUAGCUAGGAGCAAGUUAUCUGAUUAAAUGUCAUAAAAAUAUUCAGUGAACCAGGGUCAAUGACUGAAAGCUCCACCUGGCCUCAAAGACAGCCAGGUUCAAGCUUUGAGAGACACACAUCAAACCCAGGUUAUUUGGAGGCACAAGACGCCCAAGUGUUUGCUUUUAACUAAACUUCUGCAGAAAUACUCCCCUUUUUCUGCUCUGUGCAYGAAAUAGUCCAAAGCCUGGUACAUUCCCACAGCCGACUGUGGGAAAUUCCUCUGACUUCCUCAUGGCUUUAUUACUACAGAAUUUAACAUUAAUCCUUUCAGCAGCAUUUCUUUAAAAAUAGAACAUUCUGGUGCAUGAGUUCCCACUUUGGGGUGUCCUUCCAAGRUGAAACAGGCAGGAGACAACCUCAAAGCAGGGAGACAUCACCACAGCUMAGUUACUUUUGUAGCACAUUUAUAGAUGGAAGCAGUGUCUACAUUCCCUCAAUUCCCCCAAGUCCACCCUCCUCUCCCAAGCAUUUACUGCAGCUGUGCUUGCACAGAUCCUUGUAAAAAGGGUGAAUUACCUUCAGAGGUUCCUUCUGCCCACGGCUCCAUUUGUGGAUUCAGCACCUUUUAUUUGCUCCAUAUUGCUGCAGUUUCAGCCUGACCCAAACCAACCUGGGCAGGAAAGGACUCCAGCUCCUCAGAUGGCCCCGAGCCRCUGCUUCCCAACGCACCAGGGGUUGGCAGCAACACCAACUCCUGGCACUUGCAGAGCCACCUUUCUGCUCUCCCUGUGAUCAGAGGUGCAGAGCCAGCCAGCACCUUCUCCCCAGGCAGGAAUUGCUUCUCAAAGAGCCAGACACCAAAGGUGUUUGUGGGAAGCAAGUUCCCUCUGGUGGCCAGUUGAGCGUGUCCUGCCUGUCCCAGAUCCCGCAGGCCAGGGGUGUCAGAGUGCCAGGAUACACAAAGGAGCUGUCCUUUCCCUUGGGAAUGCAGUGCCGGGCUCUCCACUCACCUCCUGCAGCACUGCACCAAUCAUG